GCGAGUACAUACGAUCUUGGGACCUACAGUUACAAAAUGCCUCAGCCCGUACCGUGUUUAGAUCUCAGGGUUACCGCCGAAGCCAACCAAGGUGGUCGCAAGUACAUGGAGGACCUGACUUCCAUCAUAUUUGAGCGAGAUAUCAACAAAGAAGUAGCUUUUUUCGCCAUUUACGAUGGGCACGGUGGGCGCGAGGCUGCGAUGUUCGCCCGGGAACACCUAUGGGAAAACAUCAAGAAACAAAAAGGAUUUUAUAGUAAAGAUCCGGACGCGGUUGUCCGUGCGAUUAGACAAGGAUUCCUGGUGACGCACAAUGCUAUGUGGAAACAGCUGCCUAAGUGGCCCAAGUCAUUGUCCGGUCUUCCUAGCACUGCUGGUACAACUGUCAGUGCUGUGAUUAUUCGAGGUGUGCGCAUGUUCGUGGCACAUGUUGGUGAUUCUGGCGUUACUUUGGCUUUAAAGGAGCCGAAUAAAGACAGGCUGCGUGGAGUGCCGUUAACGUCCGAUCAUAAACCCGAGUCGCCAAAGGAGAGAAAAAGAAUAGAAAGAUUAGGAGGCAGAGUUGUAAAUAAAUCUGGCGUUCAGCGUGUUGUGUGGAAGCGACCGAGGCUGUCGCAUAGUGGACCAAUAAGACGAAGUACUAAAAUUGAUCAUAUACCUUUUUUGGCAGUGGCACGAUCUUUAGGUGAUCUGUGGAGUUAUGAUUUUUAUCGUGGUGAAUUUCUUGUGUCGCCAGAGCCUGAUAUAUCAGUCCAUCGCAUCAAUCCGAACUACCACAAGUUUCUGGUGCUUGCCAGCGAUGGUCUCUGGAACAUGGUAUCGCCACAGGAAGCUGCCGAUUUUGUAGAUCACUGUGAACGUGAAAGGAAGAGUCCAAACCAUAAACCGUGGCUGGGACACGUCUCUCAUCGAUUGGUUACAAGAGCAUUGGAAAAGUGGCGUUCAAGAAUGAUGCGUGCAGAUAACACUUCAGUGAUCGUCAUAUUUACCGAGCAUCCCGAGGGCAAUGACGAUGAUUCGGCAACAGUCUCUGAGGUCGAAGAGGAAGACGAGCCAAUUAAAAAGGAGCCGGAUUGUGUUCCCGGCAAACCGGCCCUACUUAGACACAAGGCGAUCACAAACAGAGACACAUUUGUUUCGGUGAAAAGACAAGCUGUUGAGGCCGCUCUUAAAGAGAGCACAGGCUUCAGUAAAAAACUAAAAACAAAUCACAAGGAAAACAACUCUUCAUCGUCUAGCAGCAAGGCAAUACCAGGAAGUUUGAAAUCCCAUCCUGGGGUGGCUAAUUUUGCAAAUCCAAUCCUAAUUACAGGCGAUAGAACAUCGCCACGGAGACAUUCUCUACAGAAUACUUUCAUGGUCAAUAGACAGGGAGGCUCGUCUACUCUGGCAUCGUCACCUUCAUCAUCAUCAUCAUCAGGGCCAAAAAAGAUAAACCACAGUACCUCACUGUCAUUUAGAUAGUUUAAUUUUAAUGAAUUAAUAGUAUUUUACUGCCUCUUGUGUAAGCUUUCCUGAAGAGAAUAUUUUUUUUUAAAUUACAAUUAUUUGUUCCAUAAUUACAAUGCAUCUGAUCACUGUUGGCUUUUUAUUUUUGUUUCAGGGAAUGUAAUCUCUUCUCAGAGUGCAAUGAAGAGUAUGCUCUUUAUAGUUAUCAUGUAUGUGCACCAUGUAUGACUCUUUUAUUCUUGUGCAUCUCCACUAUAGCAAUUUCCCCGGGUAGGUAGAAAUAUUGUCACCAACAUUCCAGAUUCUUUUUCAAUGCAUUUCUAUUAAAAUGUCAAAAAUGACGAUUUUGUGCAUGUACUAUAUCAAUGUUGAAAAAGUGCUCAUCUAUUUAAAAGCAUUGUAUUGUCAGAGCCUGUGUUUUAGUAUUUUAUGCUCUGUUGUAUUUCCCAAAAGUGUAUA